UGCGGCGGGUGGGCGCGUGCCGGACCGCAGCACGGGCCAGAGCGCCGACGAGUGCCACCGAGGUCGGACGAUUGCGGUGACGACCCGAGACCGGCGACGCGGAGGACCCUCCAGCGACAGUGCCAGCGGCUCGCGGACGGUGAUUGCGCGGGAUAUCGCGCUGCGACGCCCUUCUUACGACAUGUCGCGCAUCCAGUGUCCAUCAUCGCGGGCGUGCGCCCCUGACCUGGCCUCGUGCGUGCGACGCGCCGUCGGCAGGCGGCACACGCCGCGGGCCAAGCCCGCCCCGAACAGCCAGCGCGAGAAGCCCACGGACAAGGAGAGCGGCUUCGAGUCGUGCCCCAGCAGCCCACGUGCCGACGCCUCUGUCGAGGCGGGCCACCAGUGCCAGUGCGGAGCACAGACAGAGCUGCGGCACCAGGUCGGCGACUGCAUAUCGCUCGACUGCUUCAGCUUUAUCAAGAAGCUCGGUUCCGGAGGUUACGGCAGCGUUGUGCUGGUGGAGAAGCGGACGGGUCGCGAUCGCGGCUCGCGCUACGCCCUCAAGAUCAGCAGCCUGAGCCGCGCAGCGCUCGUCGAGCGAGACAUCCUGCCGCGCCUCCGCGGCCUACCCUACACCACCGACCUGGCGUACGCCUUCUUCAGCGCCGCCCCGGCCAAAGCCUUCCUCGCGCUGCCUUACGCCGUCGGCAAGGACCUGUUCUCUCUGGCCGGGCCGGGCAAGCGGCCGGGAUACCUGCGCCGCAUGUUCGUGCUGUCGUACGCGCACUACGUCGACCGGGUGCGCAUCAUCCUGGCCGAGCUGAGCGCCGCUCUCUGCGCGCUGCACGAGCACCGCAUCCUGUAUCGGGACCUGAAGUUAGAAAAUAUUCUGGUCUUCGGGGACGGCCAUAUCCGGUUAGCGGACUUUGGUCUGUCUAGACACUUUGAAGCCGGCGAAUCGACACUGAUCACGGGCAAGACGGGCACGCCCGACUACAUGGCGCCGGAGGUGAUCCGCUCCAGCGGCGCGCACGGACCGGCCACGCAGUACAGCUUCGUGAGUACACGCCGCAACUUGUCGGUACCACGCGCCAUGCGUCUCCCCCCCCCCUCCCCUCUCCUCGGGCUGCUCCCCCCUCCCCCCCCCCCCCCCCCCGGGAGGGGCCCAGACGUCCUGGUGUCUCGGUGUGUGAUUGCGUAUGAGCUCAUUGUGGGACAGCUGCCCUUCAAGGGACGCGAGCUGGCGGAUCUGGAGCACGCGAUUCUGCACGAGCCCGUGGAGCUGCCGCGCGCCUUCGUCGAGGAGAAGCUGGCGGCGCUGCUGUCACACGAGCGGCCGCUUGUCCUGGCUGCGCUGCGCCUGGUAAAGGACCUGCUGCAGCGGGAGCCGACGGCCCGGCCCACAGCCGCCAGCCUGCCGGAGCACGCCUUCUUUCGGGACCUGGAUUGGGCGGCCAUCGCCUCGGGUCGGCACGACGAUCCGCCGUUCGAUAUCCGGCGCGUGGUGCGAGAGCUGCCGACCGAGGUGGACAAGCCGCGCCUGCCCUCCGCCUUCUCUGGCGUCCCGUCCGGCAAGAGGGAACGCCGCGACAAGGGCGCCAACAGCGCCUACGACAAUCCCGCCAAGUACAAGAAUUACCACUACUGCUGCAGCGAGUUCGGCUGGCUUGACUCGGACCUGGAGGAGGCGCUGCCGGCGGACAGUCGCGGCGUGGUGCCGGAGGACGCCGAGGUGGACGACGACGACGCCCAGUGGGACUCUGAGCCUGGCACACCGCUGGCGGAGGUGGCCGCCCUGCUGGCGCUGCCGGCGACCAGUCCGGCCAGCCCGGACAGCGCCUGCGGCGACGAGUUCUCGGCCAGCCCGGCCUCUCCGGCCGGCUACAGCUCUGGCGAAGAGUGGCCGCCGCUGUCCGGCCCUCUGCCGUCGCACCCGCUCUCCCCAGCGCCCAGCGAGCCGUCGGACGCCUCCGACGCCGAAGCCGCCGCCCCGCCGCCGCCCCGCACCGCCGCCAAGCGCGCCCGCUCGCAGCGCCGACUCGACUUCGACCUGCCGCCGCCGCCGCUGCCGCCCUUCAGCUCGUUGCGCACGCCGCGGCCGCCGCCGGCGGAGAUGCACUGA